CGGCCACGGCCAUGGCGUAUGCCUAUCUCUUCAAGUACAUUAUCAUCGGCGACACAGGUGUUGGUAAAUCAUGCUUAUUGCUACAGUUUACAGACAAGAGGUUUCAGCCAGUACAUGACCUUACUAUUGGUGUAGAGUUCGGUGCUCGAAUGAUAACCAUUGAUGGGAAACAGAUAAAACUUCAGAUUUGGGAUACAGCAGGGCAAGAGUCCUUUCGUUCCAUCACAAGGUCAUAUUACAGAGGUGCAGCAGGGGCUUUACUAGUGUAUGAUAUUACAAGAAGAGACACAUUCAACCACUUGACAACCUGGUUAGAAGAUGCCCGCCAGCAUUCCAAUUCCAACAUGGUCAUUAUGCUUAUUGGAAAUAAAAGUGAUUUAGAAUCUAGAAGAGAAGUAAAUAAAGAAGAAGGUGAAGCUUUUGCACGAGAACAUGGACUUAUCUUCAUGGAAACUUCGGCUAAGACUGCUUCUAAUGUAGAAGAGGCAUUUAUUAAUACAGCAAAAGAAAUUUAUGAAAAAAUCCAAGAAGGAGUCUUUGACAUUAAUAAUGAGGCAAAUGGCAUUAAAAUUGGCCCUCAGCAUGCUGCUACUAACGCCACGCACGCAGGCAGUCAGGGAGGACAGCAGGCCGGUGGGGGCUGCUGUUGAGUAUGCUUUUACGGUCUCGCUGCCCAGAAGGGGCUCCUCACCUAUUCUUUCACCCUCUCCUCCUGCUCAGCUGAGACAUGAAACUCUUCCAAAUGGCUUUAUGUCACAGAAGAAGACUUUAAUCCUUCAGAUU